AUGAGCAAGGCUAUAUAUGCUAGGUUAACUGGCUCUGGGUUCUCCACAUUCGUCCUUUGCUUUGCUUUUGCAAUGAAUCUUUUCCUCUCAUCUCUCCUAUUCCUUGGAGUUCUGAGUUCAUUUAUUUUCCUCAUCUUCAUCUUCCAUAACCGCAGACCAAACAGCCUAAAUCUUCCACCUGGUAAAAAGGGGUGGCCGGUCCUGGGAGAAGCAGUGGAGUUUGUGUCGUUGGGCCGAAAGGGUAACCCGGAAAAGUUCAUAGAUGAUAGGAAGAAGAAAUACUCAUCUGAAUUAUUCAAAACCUCCUUGGCAGGAGAAAACAUGGUGGUGUUCUGUGGGGCUUCAGCGAACAAGUUCUUGUUCUCAAACGAAAACAAGCUCGUUGUCUCGUGGUGGCCACCCACUAUCGAGAAAAUUACAAUCUCCAGCAAAAAUACCACUAAUACUAUAGGAGAGACAAAGCAAAUGAGGCGUUAUCUCCCAGAGUUUCUCAAACCAGAAGCCCUCCAAAGGUACGUAGAGGUCAUGGAUUGCAUGGCGAGGUAUCAGUUGGAGGCAGAAUGGAUUCCAAAUACACAGGUGAAGGUUUUACCUCUAUCAAAGAAGUACACCUUUGCAGUGGCAUGUAAGCUAUUUAUGAAUGUCGAAGAUUCCGAGCAAGUGACCAGGUUUGCUCAUCCUUUUACUUCUGUCAUGGCCGGGCUUUUGUCCGUGCCCAUAAAUUUCCCGGGCACUGCAUUUAAUCGGGGCAUCAGAGCAGCCAAUCGCAUCCGAGAAGAACUUCUGCCUAUAAUCAGGCAGAGGAGAUCUCUUCUGUCGGAGAAGAAAGAGAUGGCGACUGGAGACCUGUUGUCUCACAUGCUUCUUGCGACUGAUGAGGAUGGCAAGUUUAUGAGUGAGAUGGAGAUUGCAGAUAAGAUAUUAGGACUACUUCUUGCUAGCCACGAUACAACAAGUACUGUGAUCACGUUCGUCAUAUACUAUCUUGCAGAUCAUCCGCGAGUUUAUGCUCAAGUCUUGGAAGAACAAAUGGAAAUCAGGAAAUCAAAAGGGCCAGAAAAGAUGUUGAACUGGGACGACAUCCAAAAGAUGAAGUAUUCGCGAAACGUUGUUAAUGAAGUACUGAGAUUAGCACCACCUUCCCAAGGAGCCUUUAAAGAGGUGAUAAGUGACUUCACUUUCGCAGGAUUCACUAUUCCAAAGGGGUGGAAGGUACAUUGGAGUGUAUAUUCGACACACAAAGACCCCAAAUACUUUCUAAAUCCAGAGAAGUUCGAUCCUUCAAGGUUUGAAGGAAGUGGACCGUUACCAUUCACUUUCGUACCGUUUGGGGGAGGUCCUCGCAUGUGUCCCGGGAGUGAGUUUGCUCGUCUCGAGAUAUUAAUCUUCAUCCACAAUUUGGUUACCAAAUUCAAAUGGAAGAAAAUUAUUCCAGAUGAAAAAGUCAUAUUUGAUCCAGCGCCCAUUCCAGUCAACGACCUACCAAUACGGCUUGCAUCACUUUGAAAUUAAUCCAGCUUCAUGGUAGUUAUGUUAGCAGUGGAGCUUUAAGCUUAGCCUUUUCUAAGACAAUUUCUACGGCUAGUACAAGACAAAUGGAUUGUGUGCUUUCAUUUUUUUGUAUUUGUUAUCAUAUAGAACUAAGCGCAAAAUUGAAGUUGAGUUCAAUAUGUAAGAGACAAAGACCCAUUUGCGAAAAUAAAGGAUUAU